UGUGCCUAUCUCCGGGCUGAGCCCCUCCCCUCGGCGCCCGCCCCGGGAGGAUCGUGACCCAGGUGGGGCUUCCUCCCACCCUUCCAGGCCCACAGCCCCAGCUGCGACCCUCUCCACCGCCGUCUUCUGUCCCCGCCUGGGGACGAGCGCGCCGGACCGGUGGGCCAUGAGCAGCUUCAACAGCACAUCGUCGCCGCCCCACCAUGAUUCAGGGAUGUCAGACAAAAUGAUGGACAUCGCCAUCAUUGCUGCUGUGAUUACUGCUGUGGCUUUUGUCCUGGUCUGCCUCCUCCUUGUCAUGCUUCGCUACCUGUACCGGCACAAGGGGACCUACCACACCAAUGAGGCCAAAGGCACAGAGUUUGCAGAGAGUGCAGACAUGGCCCUGCAGAGUGACCCUGCCCUCCAAGAAGCUGGUGACAACAGCAGGAAGGAGUACUUCAUCUGAAGGACAGCAGACCUUUCCUCCCCGAAUGCGUCCUCCAGCUGUGGGAUUGGAAAGGCCCCAACACCUACCACCCUUUCCAGAACCACCAGGGAGCUCUCAAGGGCACUGGCUCUUCCUAAGAUUUGCCUUAGAGAACAUUGGGUGCCUGCCAGGAAGAAAGGGGAGGAUGCAUGUUAUAGGGGUCUGUCCAGGGGACCCAGGGGAACAGCAGCUACCCCAGGAAAUGUGCCUUUGUACUGUGAAAAAAAAGGAGAAAGAAAGUCUGACAUUUAGGUCUUUCUGGGCCUUCAAGUGUCAUCUUACCAGCAUGAGAAGCCUUCCAAGUGUGAGAGGGGUGGGUAUAUAUAAGAAAGUGAGACAUCCAUCUGCUGACUGGGGAUAAUGACAUCAAAUGUCAGUCCUUGACAUUUGGGGGAAAACAGCAGGUGCCAGAGCUGAAAGGUACCUUUGUCUCCCAUUGAUCCAGCUUAAAACGAUUGGAAAUAAAUCUGAAAUGUAACCAAGCAUUCCAUGUCAAACCCACACUACUCUAAUUGUCUGAGGAACGAUAAAUGCUAACCAAUUCUGGCUUU